AGUCUCCGCGGUCCCCUCCCCAGUUCCCCUCAGGCCCACGCCCCGCAGGAUGGGGGACAAUACUAGCCCCAUCAGCGUGAUCCUGGUGAGCUCGGGCAGCAGGGGCAAUAAGCUGCUCUUCAGGUACCCCUUCCAGAGGAGCCAGGAGCAUCCCGCGUCCCAGACAAAUAAACCACGGAGCAGAUACGCUGUCAACAACACGGCUGAACAUGUUGAUGACCAGGAUGGUGACUCCAGCAAGCCAUGUCCUCCAACCGAUGAGCAAUUGGUUGCAGGUUCCAGGGGAUCCAGUGCCCUCUUCAUGGCCUUCUUCCAUGGACCUCAGAUACACACCUGGUGCACAUACAUACAUGCAGGAAAAAACAUUCAUGCAUAUUAAAAAGAAAAGGUUCUCGGAUGUUAUUUUGGCAACAAUUUUGGCAACCAAGUCUGAAAUGUGCGGCCAAAAAUUUGAACUGAAGAUUGAUAAUGUACGGUUUGUUGGGCACCCGACACUGCUGCAGCAUGCUCUGGGGCAGGUCUCCAAAACAGAUCCAUCUCCAAAGCGGGAAGCACCGACCAUGAUUCUUUUUAAUGUGGUAUUUGCACUGAGGGCCAAUGCUGACCCAUCAGUGAUAAACUGUCUGCACAACUUGUCCCGACGCAUUGCCACUGUCCUGCAGCAUGAGGAGCGCCGCUGCCAGUACCUUACCCGAGAGGCCAAGCUGAUCCUGGCACUUCAGGAUGAGGUGUCUGCUAUGGCUGACGCAAAUGAAGGUCCUCAGUCCCCGUUCCACCACAUCCUGCCCAAGUGCAAGCUGGCAAGGGACCUCAAAGAAGCUUAUGACAGCCUGUGCACAUCGGGUGUGGUGCGGCUUCACAUUAACAGCUGGCUGGAAGUGAGCUUCUGUCUGCCCCACAAGAUCCACUAUGCAGCUUCAAGUCUGAUCCCUCCUGAGGCUAUUGAGCGAAGCCUGAAAGCCAUCCGCCCGUACCAUGCCCUGCUCCUUCUCAGUGAUGAGAAGUCUCUGCUGGCUGAACUGCCCAUUGACUGCUCUCCGGCUCUGGUGCGGGUGAUCAAGACCACGUCUGCAGUGAAGAACCUGCAGCAGCUAGCCCAGGAUGCUGAUCUGGCCUUGCUGCAGGUCUUCCAGCUUGCGGCUCACCUGGUCUACUGGGGCAAGGCCGUCAUCAUCUACCCGCUGUGUGAGAACAACGUCUACGUCCUGUCUCCCAAUGCCAGUGUAUGUCUGUACUCCCCACUGGCCGAGCAGUUUUCACGCCAGUUUCCGUCCCAUGACCUGCCAUCCGUCCUGGCCAAGUUUUCUUUGCCUGUUUCUUUAUCGGAGUUCAGGAGCCCUCUGGCACCCCCUGCACAGGAGACCCAGCUCAUCCAGAUGGUGGUGUGGAUGCUGCAGCGCCGGCUCCUCAUCCAGCUGCACACCUAUGUUUGCCUCAUGGCCUCACCCAGUGAAGAGGAGCCCCGACUGAGAGAGGACGAUGUCCCCUUCACAGCCCGAGUUGGCGGCCGCAGCCUCAGCACGCCCAAUGCCUUAAGCUUUGGCUCUCCAACUAGCAGUGAUGACAUGACCCUUACCAGCCCCAGUAUGGACAACUCCAGUGCAGAGCUGCUCCCCAGUGGGGACUCGCCACUGAACAGGAGGAUGACAGAAAACCUGCUGGCCAGCCUCUCAGAGCACGAGCGAGCUGCCAUCCUUAAUGUGCCUGCAGCCCAGAACCCUGAGGACUUGCGCAUGUUUGCCAGGCUCCUUCACUACUUCCGUGGCCGCCACCACCUGGAGGAGAUCAUGUACAACGAGAAUACACGGCGCUCCCAGCUGCUCAUGCUCUUUGACAAAUUCCGCAGUGUGCUGGUGGUGACCACCCACGAGGACCCCGUCAUUGCUGUCUUCCAGGCUCUGCUCACGUGAGCGCAGGCAGCAGGCCAAGUGUGUGGAUGGGAACUAGCUUCCUCUCUGCCCCAGAGUGACUGAUUGGCCUUAGGAGGAUAGGCAGCCCCAGCCAGGCAGAACUAGUUC